GAGCUGUGACCGGGUCCAAGUUUGCCAUCAGAAAUCGGAAAUACGAAGCGAGUUGAAACUGUCAGCCUUCAACUCUGAACACUUUUUCCCAUUUGAAGUAUGGCCUUUGAAGGGGAAGAAUCAUUCGCAGAUGCCCCGGAGCAGCCGAUUCCACAGGCUUCCGUUCCACCAUCGCGAAAACUUAUCGUCGUAUUGGAGAAUGCUUCAUUAGAAGCGGCCAGACUUCAUCCCUACCGUUACGAUACGAAAAUGCAGCUCUUAAACUGUGAUGAACAUCAAUCGAUCCUGAAAAGAUUGGGUAGAGACAUUGCUGAUGCUCGACCAGAUAUUGUGCAUCAGUGUCUUCUUACCCUUUUAGAUAGCCCGCUCAACAAAGCAGGCCAUUUGGAGGUUUUUAUUCACACAGCUAAAGGUGUAGUCAUCCGAAUUAAUCCAGAAUGCCGUAUACCACGUACAAUCAAACGAUUCUCAGGGCUUAUGGUGCAAUUGUUGGAAAGAGGCAGCAUUGUUAGCGAUCAAGAAGGCCAUGUCAAGUUAUUGGAGAUUGUGCCUCCUCCAGUGACUCAGUAUUUGCCAACAAAUGCGAAGCGAUUUGCAUUAUCGUGGAAUGCUCCAAAAGUUAGACUAUAUCGGUACUUUAAAUCAAUACCAGAGGAGGGACCACUCGUGAUUGCCGUUGGAGCCAUGGCAAAAGGACCAGAUACAUUUGCAGACAGCUAUGUAGACACCAAAAUCGGAAUAUCCGAGUUUUCUCUAUCAGCUUCAGUUGCAUGCGCAAAAGUAUGUUGUGCUUUAGAGGACUUAUGGGAUGUAAUGUAAAUAAGACAAACUAUUUUUUUAUUUUUAUUUUUU